AUGAGUUCUCCUUGUGAGUCAAAAUACCUCUUUUUCAUACUGUUUUUAUUAUUUAACUACAUACACCUGAUAAAUGGCUUCAGUUUUAACCCAAAAUUUACUGUUGUCAUUCGUAAUAACCUCCCAGAAAACUCUGAUAAAUUGGAAUUUCGUGUUCAAUCUGGAGAUGAUGACUUUGGCCUUCGUCCUCUGGAUGUUAAUAAGGAAUUUAAUUUCUCCUUUCAUUGGAGUACUUGGGGUGACACUCUCUUCUUUUCUCACUUUUAUUGGGGUUCAAAACAACAGAUUCUUGAUGUAUUUAAUAAAGAUCUUCCAUGUGCAUUUAAAUAUGAACAUGGUCUGUGUCUCUGGGUUGUGAAAGAGAGUGGUUUUUAUUUAGCUGUUAACACCCUAAAUCCAUCUCCUCAAGAUCUGCAUAAUAAAGGUGGCUGGGAAUCAAACAAUGUUUAG